AUGAAUCAAAAUGCAGACAUCACAAAUUUCAAUGGGAGCGCCACAGACGUUUGUAAACUAAUCCUAAUUGGAUUGGAGGGAGUCGGAAAGACAACAUUACUUAAUGAAGCUUGUGGUGAACAUUUUGAUACGAGUGAUGGACGUGCCGGUUGUCUAAUUAAAGAAAAUCAAAAAGGUGUAUUCUUUGUUGAUGGAUUUUCUCGUCGUUAUGAAUUAAAUGAUAUGUUAGGAAUUAAUUAUAAAAAUCCUGGUGAAUGGCAGAAAGCACUUCAUGGACGUUCAGAAGUACAUGGUGUUAUUUUUCUGCUUAGUGCAAGUAAUCCUCGCGAUAGUGCUCUUGGUGAAUUACCUCGAAUUUAUGAAUAUUGCUCGAAUUUGACUAUUCCUGUACUUUUUAUUUAUCGUGAUGGAGUUCUUCGCUUUACACCAUUCAUUCGAAUCUAUGCAGAAACGAGAGAGACUACCAUAGACGAUGAGGAAAUUGGUUGUAAAAUUAGUAAAAAUGAAUUUGUUCGUUAUCAAAAUUUGGAUGAAGUGAAAAAAUGUAUUGCUACAACCUUUCAAAAUGCUUGCAUAUUACAUCAAUUACUCGAUCCAAUUACUAUUUGUGGACAAGUUAAAGUUUUACGGGAAAAGAACGAAGAAUUAGAAAUGAAAAUUAACGAAUUAAAUCAAAAACAUGAAGCUGAGUUAAUCAGAAACCAAGAAACUAUUAAGCAACUAAGUAAACGAUAUGAUGAACAAAUUGAAAAACUAAAUCGAUCACUCGAUGAAGCUGCAUCGAAUAAUAAAACUAUGCAAGAAAGACUUGAUCAUAUUGUGCAGAAAAAUCAAGAAUCACUUUUUAAAAUUAGUAAUGAUAUUCAAUCAUCAAUUAAUGAAAAUCAACGUCUUCGAAUUUCUCUUGAAGAACUUAUGAAAGACAAACAAAGUCUCGAAGAUAAACAUUUAAAAUUAAUGACAGACAAAAAACAAUUAGAUUUCGAUUUUCAUGAUAUUACUCGUGAUCGAGAACAAAUUCAAAAAAAUAAAACUAAACUAGAAAAAGAUAUCGCUGAAGUGGAACAAAACAGACAAACUUUACUCAAAGAAAAACGUUCAUUAGAAGCUCGAAAAGAACAUUUAGAACAUCAUAUCGAUGAUACUCGAUUACGUCUUGAAGAACAACUUAAUCUUAUUGUGAGUGUCAUCCAUACUGCGCCAGGUGGAAACAAACGAAUUUAUCCAAAAAAAUACAAUACAAAUGGAAGAUGGAUGUGGUUACCCGGACGUGCAUACGAUGUUAUCGAGAAAUUUGAUGAAUUUGGAGAAAGUACGAAAGAUGUUAUUUGUUCUCUCAGAAAGGAUUUGCGCAAAAUCGAUGCUAGAUAUGAUCACACUUCUGCAAAUGUAAUCGAAGAAGAAGACUCCGAAAUUGAAUCUUAG